CUGUGAAGGCCAAUUCAUGCAGUAGUAUGCCAACGCGUCUCGGAAUGAUGAGUCAUCACCAUCGCACCACACAGGCACAAAAUCGACAGACACAUCAGGCAGGCCAAAUAGGGUCUGUCUGUCUCCCGGACAAAGCGCUAGCACCUAGAGAAGAGAUGACGAAGCACCUUCCUUUCACAGUUGACUGCAUGCAUUGCAAUGGUACAUCAAUCACUUGACGACUUGUUUGGCCAGCGCUGCCUCUGCAUCCUCCAGGAUGUUCUCAUCCACCACCGACCGCUGCAGCGGGCUGUCACCCGCACCCACAGCCCGCUCCCUAGCAUCCCUAGCAGCGGGUGGGGCCCCACUGCUCACCACUGGCUUCGCCUCUGUCCGUUGGAUGAACUUGACCAUCUCAUUUGCAACUUCGGUGGGCAGCUCGUCGUGUGGGCAGUGGCCGGCGGGGAGCGGAGCCGUCUCAAUCAGGUCGCCCAGCCGCUGAAAGGCCUCCAUCCUCGCUGUGGCGUUGUUGAGCGGAUCACUGACACGAAGGAGAGAGGAACAGAGAAAAGGAGCAUUUGUGUGUGUGGGGGUUGUGUCAUUGGCUGUGGGCUGGGUUGCUUACAGGAGUCCCUGGAGUAUGAGCACAGGUCGACCGAAUUUGGCAAUCAGCUCGUUGUGCGACCUCUGGGGCGGCAGCUUGGCGCCGCUCGCAAUCACGCCUAUCGCCCCUGGAUCGGCACUGUCCCUGCUCACACACACACACACACGAACACACGUGUCUCGUUUGAGCACUUCCCUCUCUGGACACUCAUUGCCUCACCGUAGGAUGCAGUCGAUGAUGCCGUCCUCCACCGCCGUCCCGUUGGUAGGGUAAAGGCGCUUGCAAAUGCUGGGCGUCUGUGUCUUGAGGUAGAGGUACAGCCCCGUGGCAAACAGCUGCAGCAGUCUUUCUGGGGGCGCGCUGUAGGGCGGCAGUGGCUGUGCGUAUCCCCGAGUGGCCUCCUCCAUUGUGCCGCCGAGCGACGCCGUCACGUUGACGUACUCAGCCGGGGUGAAGACGCGACCCGCACUGUUCAGCAAGAUGGUGCCUCUGGAUUGGAUGGGGGAAACGACAAGCGAGGAGGGUGGGCAUAUGCGUGUGUGGUUUGUUUCGUGGUCGAUGCAUGCAUACCUGCAGAGGUCUCGUGUGUCCGCGGCGAGGGACUGAGCCAUGUAGCCGCCAAUGCUGUUGCCGGCGACGUAGUACGGCCCCCUCACAACCUCCAACACGAAGUCACGCAGCAAAGAUUCCCAAGUGUACUGCACCCACACAGUGACACGAACGCACUCAUGCAGGUCCUCUGCGUGUUCCUCUGAUCUCCCCUCCUCUCUCACCUGUGUGAAGGUCAGUCUAGGUUUUUCGCUGUGGCCAAAGCCAAGCAUGUCGAUCGCAAAGACCUCAUAAUGCUGCUGCAGGACGGCCAUGGUCUUUCGCCACUGGUCGGCAGAGGCCCCAAAGCCGUGCACCAGCAGCACUUUCGGCUUGGCAGGGUCGUGCUGUGUAGCGCUUUUGAUAUAUCGGACGAGGAAGCCCCGCCAGUGGUAGUAUCUCGUCUCCAGGGGCGUGUCGCUCCACGACAUGCGGGGCAGGCUCGACGGGGGGGAGGGGGAGAUGUCCUGAUAUGCCAGCAGCCGGUGCCACUCCUUCCACUCAACGUACUCCCUCUCAAUGCUGACACGUACAAGACACACAGAAUCAGACAAGGUCUUUCGGCGUGCUAGUCCCACCUUCGCAGGGGCAGCUCGACGGCUCGCCGUCGUCUCCUCGCGCUCGCGAUCUCCCUCAGCGACAGGCACCCGAAGCCCACGCUCUCUGCAAAGGCUCUGGUGAAGGCCUCCCCUCGAAAGUAGGCAUCCUUGACAGACUUUGCCGCCAUCCGCUGCACGGACCGCUGCUCGAGGGAUAGGGUGCUAUUGGCGGUACUCUUGAUGGCCGCCUUGGCAAAGUCGAGAUCACCCAUGGUGAUGUACUCGUCCAGCUUGGCCAGAGCAGAUGCCUCGCCGAAGGAUGAAGCGCUUGUCGACGGCAGGACGUCAAUGCUAUCGCCAUUGGCCAGCGAAGGUGGCCGGCCAGACGCAAACCCGAACAGGGCACUCUCAGGGGUGAGGGCUAUCCGAGCGUUCAGCAGAGUGGCCGCAUCGCUUGUGGAGCCUUCGAUGCUCUCUUCAGUGAGCUUCAGAGCGUCCACAAACGAGGGAACCUCCGUCAAAGAUCGGUCGAUGUCAGCAUUGGGGGGUGCAGGGGGAAGCGUGGCCGGCGCCGGCAGGGGCGGCAUCACUUUGCCCUUCCGGAAUCUCUUCGCAUAGGCCGGAAAGGAAGACGGCAAAGCUGAGGUAGGCGUGGAGAGAGGUCGCAGAGGUGCCGACCAUGCGUGGAAGGCCGCUCCCUUCUCCUGCGCUGCCCUCAUGACCUCAUCCUUCCACCUCUGCUGUGCGUACUCAGGGCUGUCAUGGAAGAGCACGUCUGUGAUGGCCUUGGACGCGAUCAGAUCUCCAAUCACGGCUUGCGUAUCGCCCUGGAAGAGGAACAAGUCGCUGUUGCGCUGACGCAGGGCGUCGCGCAGCUGCGACAGUGCUGAGAGCAGCAGCUGAAGACGGGUUGGCGAGACCUCGUCCAGCGCCGCUGGGUCAAAGAUGAACACGGGAAUGCAUCUGUCGCUCUGCUGCGAUGCGGCAUAGAGGGCGGGAUGGUCAUGCACGCGGAGGUCGGUAAGAGAGUAGACAACGAGGGAAGAUCCGCCUGUGGCCAGUGCAGGCAGGUCGUUUCUUGCAGUCACUGCUUGUCUUCCGGCGGCGCUCAUCCUCAGCAGCCCUCUCCGCUCCCUCGGCGCCGUAGACAGCGGCGUCUUGGUGGUCGAUAGAAAGGCGGCAGCCUCCUGAUCUUGAGCACGAAGCCGCACUGCAUCCGACUGCAUGUGCAUGAGUAACAGAAGCAAUGUAACGGCAGCAAGAUAGGUCAUCGUCAGGCCUGUUCUCAUCCUGAAAUAUAGCUG